UUUCCUAAUUAACCAACUUGAGAAAGGGCCGGCUUAUUAACCAACAAACACCACUUCUGUGGCGGCUCCACCGACACUGUCGCCGCUGCAUUCUCUCUCUCUCUCUCUCUCUCUCUCUCUCUCUCUCUCUGUUGUGGCUACUGAUUCGUUGUAAACUUGAUCUGGGGAAUUGAAGGAUUGCAGUGAAAGGGCGCGGAGUCUAACUUUGCAUGCCCUCUGGAUUGGAGCAGAAGACGAAGAAGAGCCUGGAAACUCUCAGAAAUCUGUUCAAGAGACUUCGACCGUUUUAGGGUUUUAUUAUUCACUAUCCUCUUCGGUUAGCCGUAGACAUCUCUCUCUCCAUGGCAUCCCUGUUCACAAACCCUGCUAUCAUACCAGUAUCUCAGCUUACCUCUACCAACCCAACUCGCUUCCUCCUCUACUACAACGGAACCACCGCCGCCAAAGCCCCCUCAAUUCGGUCACCAAAAUCUUCUACCCCGUUCACUGCUAUCUUCUGCUCCGCCACCCGCCGCCCGGAAUACAUCCCCAACCGGAUUCCCGACCCCCACUAUGUCCGCGUGUUUGACACCACCCUCCGCGACGGUGAGCAAUCCCCAGGCGCCUCCAUGACUAGCAAAGAAAAGCUCGACGUCGCCCGACAGUUGGCGAAGCUCGGGGUCGACAUAAUCGAGGCCGGAUUCCCCGCCGCCUCCAAGGAUGAUCUGGAGGCUGUCAGAAUGAUCGCGAAGGGGGUGGGCAACGAGGUGGACGAGAAUGGGUACGUGCCUGUGAUUUGCGGGCUGGCGCGGUGCAAUAAGAAGGAUAUAGACGCGUCGUGGGAGGCCGUGAAGCAUGCGAAGAGGCCGCGGAUCCACACGUUUAUAGCGACGAGUGAGAUUCACAUGAAGCACAAGCUGAAGAAGACUAAGGAGGAGGUGAUCGAGACGGCAAGGAGUAUGGUGAGUUAUGCGAGGAGCUUGGGCUGCGAUGAUGUUGAGUUCAGUCCUGAAGAUGCUGGAAGAUCUGACAGGGAGUUUCUUUACCAGAUUUUGGGUGAAGUUAUUAAGGCUGGGGCUACCACUCUUAAUAUUCCUGAUACUGUUGGGUAUAAUAUGCCAGAUGAAUUUGGACAAUUAAUUGCUGACAUAAAAGCCAACACCAAAGGAAUUGAAAAUGUGAUUAUAUCGACCCACUGCCAAAAUGAUCUUGGGCUUUCUACUGCCAACACAUUAGCGGGGGCUUGUGCAGGUGCAAGACAAGUAGAAGUAACGGUUAACGGUAUUGGUGAAAGAGCUGGUAAUGCUGCAUUGGAGGAGGUUGUUAUGGCCCUUAAAUGUCGUGGAGAUCAAGUGUUAGGAGGACUUUAUACAGGGAUCAAUACAGAGCAAAUUAUUAUGUCAAGCAAGAUGGUUGAAGAGUUUAGUGGAUUGCAUGUACAACCACACAAGGCCAUUGUCGGGAAUAAUGCUUUUGCGCAUGAAAGUGGUAUCCACCAGGAUGGAAUGCUUAAACAUAAAAAUACAUAUGAAAUUAUAUCUCCUGAAGAUAUUGGUCUCCAUCGAUCUAAUGAGUCUGGCAUUGUCCUUGGAAAGCUCAGUGGACGCCAUGCUUUAAGAUCUCGACUUUUAGAGCUUGGUUAUGACAUUGACAGUAAGGACCUUGAUGAUCUCUUCUGGCGUUUCAAAGCUGUAGCAGAAAAGAAGAAGAAUAUUACUGAUGAUGAUGUGAUGGCACUGGUGUCUGAUGUAGUUUUUCAGCCACAAGUGGUUUGGAAGCUUGGAGAUGUGCAAGUUACUUGUGGAACUCUUGGUCUUCCAAUGGCCACUGUUAGACUCAUUGAUGCAAAUGGCGAAGAGCAUAUUGCGUGCGCAAAUGGAACUGGGCCCAUUGAUUCUGCUUAUAAGGCCAUUCUCCUCAUUGUUAAGGUAGAUGUAACCCUUCUUGAGUACUCCAUGAAUGCUGUAACAGAAGGUAUCGAUGCACUUGCCACCACACGAGUUUUAAUUCGUGGGGAGAACAACCAUACAUCAACUCGUUCCAGCGGACAAAGUGGAGAAAUUCUCCAUCGUACAUUCAGUGGAACCGGGGCAGGAAUGGAUAUAGUUGUCUCCAGUGUCCGAGCUUUCGUUAAUGCUUUAAACAAGAUGCUAGGUUUCAAUAACCAAGCUGGAGCGAUGUCAAAUACAAGAAAUUCUCGGGUUUCAGCUUAAAUAGAGAAGAAAUUGGCAGGGAAUAUAUUUCACUUUGUGUGGAUGUGCUUCCAUGUUAAUUUGUGCUAAUGAGAGACGGUUGUAGGAUUCUCUCGGGUUGAUUUUCGGCCGAGUUGAAUUCCCAUUCUUCUUGUGAUGUACUUGUUAGUUGUGAGAGCUCUCUAGGGUAGCUGAAAACUUUGAAGGAUCUGUGACAGACUCUAGAAAGCCAUUUCUUUCUGUUAAACAGUUCACAGACGCAGAACUUUGUUUCCUGUAGCUGGAUUUGUGAAGUUCCCUUCACAAUUUAUUUGUAUUUCCAUUGUUUUGAAA